CAUACAUACACUGACCUCUCUCCAACUCAAUCCGGCCUGCCGGCCAUUCUUAUUGCCACCAGUACAUUAAUUAAACACACCAGUACUGUGGCUACUUAUACUCCUUAUCUAGGGGAGCGCUCCACAAGUUAACAAGCUUAACCGAGCACACGACGAUCGACCAUGGCCAAGAAGAAGCUGUCCCAGAGGCUCUUCGCCACCUUGCUCUCCAUCAUCUUCCAUGGGAGGCCAUGGCUCUCCAGCACCAGCAGCAAGGGCGGCAGCACCGCCGCCACAUUCCCUUCCUCGCCCAUGCGGCAAAACCACCACCGUCCCAUGGCCGAUGGCAAGCUCGCCGCCGAGCGAACGAUCGUCGUCGACGUCGACGGUGGUCUCCUCCGGUCGUCGCCCUCGGGCCUCUUCCCCUACUUCAUGCUCGUGGCGCUGGAGGCGGGAGGGUUCCUGCGCGGUGCCGUGCUCCUCCUCCUCUACCCUCUGCUCUGCUGCGUGGGUAUACGCGGCGACACGGCGCUGAGGGUAAUGGCCAUGGCAGCUUUCUGCGGCCUCCGGGAGAGCCGGCUCCACGCCGGCCGCGCCGUGCUGCCCAAGUGGUUCAUGGAGGACGUCUCGGUGGACGGGUUCGAGGCGAUGAGGGGGGCGCGGAGGAGGGUGUGCGUGACGAGUAUGCCCAGGGUGAUGGUGGAUGGGUUCCUCAGGGAGUAUCUCGGGGCGGAGGUGGUCGUCGGGAAGGGGAUGAAGCUGCUAUUUGGGUUCUACACCGGCCUGAUGGAGGACGAAGAGGUGAUCCUCGACUUGGAGGAGAAGAAGAUCAUGCUAGAGGGUGAUGCAGUCGCCUUCUCUGGCUCCCUGGAAUUUUUCAGACAUCCUCUCUCACACUGUUGCAAGGAGACGUACCACGUGAGGCCGGAGGACGGUGCCACGCAGCAGGCGCUGCCGAGGGGCAAGUACCCCAAGCCCAUGGUGUUCCACGACGGCCGGCUCGCGUUCCGGCCCACCGCCGGCGGCACGCUCGCCAUGUUCAUGUGGCUCCCCUUGGGCGUCGCACUGGGCGCCGCCCGCCUCGCCGUCGCGCUCGUCGUGCCGUACAGGUACGCCACGCUCAUCCUCGCCUCCACCGGCAUGUCGUGGCGGCUCAAGGGGAACAGGCCGGGUCCCCCGCCCGGCCACGGCGGCGGCCGCGGUCAGCUGUUCGUGUGCAACCACCGCACGCUCAUCGACCCGGUGUACGUGUCGGUGGCGCUGGACCGGCAGGUGCGCGCCGUGUCCUACAGCCUCAGCCGCCUCUCGGAGCUCAUCUCGCCGAUCGGCCGCACCGUGCGGCUCACGCGCGACCGCGACAGCGACGGCGCUGCCAUGGCGCGCCUCCUGGACCGCGGCGACCUCGUCGUCGUCUGCCCCGAGGGCACCACCUGCCGCGAGCCCUACCUGCUCCGCUUCAGCCCGCUCUUCGCCGAGCUCAGCGACGACGUCGUCCCGGUCGGCGUCGCCGUCGAGACGGCCAUGUUCUACGCGACCACGGCCGGCGGGUUCAAGUGCCUCGACGCGCUCUAUUACAUGGUCAACCCCAGGAUGUGCUACACAGUGCAGUUCCUGGACCGGGUCUGCACCACGGCGGUCAUGGGGAGGGAGGUGCACAGUAGGGACAUGGCCAACAUCGUGCAGAGGAAGAUUGGGGACGCGCUCGGAUACGGAUGCACCAUGCUCACCAGAAAGGAUAAGUACCUCAUGCUCGCCGGCAACGACGGCGUCGUCAAAGCCAACCACAACUGCUCUGCUGCUCCUCCUGCUCCUAUAGGGAUCAAGAAUAUGUAGCUGAUUAGUCUGUUCUAGCUAGGCACCUCUUGGUCUUGUUUUUUUCCGGUUAUCCUACUGCUAGCUAAAUUUGCCGCGCGUUUGACUUACCUUUCUGUAUAUGUUUGUCGUGUGUCUGCAAAAAAGCAGUGAUCUGAUUGCAUUCACUUGAACUUGUAAACACCACACAUCAUGUUGAUUGGCACUUGGGCUGUUUAUUCCUUUUGUAGCAACACUGAAACUUCCAAUCAUCUUUUCUUCACUUGCAAUA